CGGGGCUGUGCGCCGGGCCGUGAGCGCUCUGCGCAUGCGCAGUGAGGUAGGCCGCCGUUGCGCAGUUGUAACGAGGAGGAGGAGGAGGUGGGUCGGUGCUGCUGCUGGUGUUGUUAUUGUGAGUCGGAUGGAGUGAGUGCGCAUCGCACCGCUGUAUGGAGACGGGAACAUGGCUCCCUUCCCGGACGAGGUGGACGUGUUCACGGCGCCGCACUGGAGGAUGAAGCAGCUGGUCGGAGGAUACUGUGAGCAGGUACAUAGAGCGGGCCCCUCCCAGCCACACCGGGGGCAAUAACAGCUGUAUGUCAUUUACCCCCACCGGGGGCAAUAACAUCAGGUCUGACAGCUAUCUCUUACCCCCACCGGGGGCAAUAACAGCUGUACAUCCCUUACCCCCACCUGGGGCAAUAACAUCAGGUCUGUACAUCCCUUACCCCCACCUGGGGCAAUAACAUCAGGUCUGACAGCUAUCUCUUACCCCCACCUGGGGCAAUAACAUCAGGUCUGACAGCUAUCUCUUACCCCCACCUGGGGCAAUAACAUCAGGUCUGACAGCUAUCCCUUACCCCCACCUGGGGCAAUAACAUCAGGUCUGACAGCUAUCCCUUACCCCCACCUGGGGCAAUAACAUCAGGUCUGACAGCUAUCUCUUACCCCCACCUGGGGCAAUAACAUCAGGUCUGACAGCUAUCUCUUACCCCCACCUGGGGCAAUAACAGCUGUGUCAUUUACCCCCACCAGGGGCAAUAACAGCUGUACGUCCCUUACCCCCACCUGGGGCAAUAACAGCUGUAUGUCAUUUACCCCCACCAGGGGCAAUAACAGCUGUACGUCCCUUACCCCCACCUUUGGCAAUAACAGCUGUAUGUCAUUUACCCCCACCUGGGACAAUAACAUCAGGUCUGACAGCUAUCUCUUACCCCCACCUGGGACAAUAACAUCAGGUCUGACAGCUAUCUCUUACCCCCACCUGGGACAAUAACAUCAGGUCUGACAGCUAUCCCUUACCCCCACCUGGGGCAAUAACAGCUGUAUGUCAUUUACCCCCACCAGGGGCAAUAACAGCUGUACGUCCCUUACCCCCACCUUUGGCAAUAACAGCUGUAUGUCAUUUACCCCCACCUGGGACAAUAACAUCAGGUCUGACAGCUAUCUCUUACCCCCACCUGGGACAAUAACAUCAGGUCUGACAGCUAUCUCUUACCCCCACCUGGGGCAAUAACAUCAGGUCUGACAGCUAUCCCUUACCCCCACCUGGGGCAAUAACAUCAGGUCUGACAGCUAUCCCUUACCCCCACCUGGGGCAAUAACAUCAGGUCUGACAGCUAUCCCUUACCCCCACCUGGGGCAAUAACAUCAGGUCUGACAGCUAUCCCUUACCCCCACCUGGGGCAAUAACAUCAGGUCUGACAGCUAUCCCUUACCCCCACCUGGGGCAAUAACAUCAGGCCUGACAGCUAUCCCUUACCCCCACCUGGGGCAAUAACAUCAGGCCUGACAGCUAUCCCUUACCCUCACCUGGGGCAAUAACAUCAGGUCUGGCAGCUAUCUCUUACCCUCACCUGGGGCAAUAACAUCAGGUCUGACAGCUAUCUCUUACCCUCACCUGGGGCAAUAACAUCAGCUCUCACAACCAUCCCUGAACCUCAGCAGGGGUAAUAACAUCAACCAUUUCUUACCCUAACCAUGGGUAAUAACAUCAGGUCUGACAGCUAUCUCUUACCCUCAGCAGGGGUGAUAACAGGCAUCUCUUACCCUUGCCAUGGGUAAUAACAGGCAUCGCCUACCCUUACCAGGGGUACUAACAACAGGAGAUGAUGGACAUCUCUUGCCCUUACCAGUGGCUGUAACUGCUCCUCUGUCAGGUUUAUCCCAAUUUUUCAAGGGGUAAUAAGAUCAGCCCCUCUCACAAUUAGUUGCGGAACAGCCUCUUUUUGACAUAUUGCCUAAGUUAGUAAAAUCAAAGUCAUUGAUAUGUGGUUGGCAUUGGAAGGCUUAGUACGUCAGCUGACUUGCUUAGCCACUGGCUGUCCAAAUUUCUCAUAAAUUGAUAGUGUUAUUGCAGAACUUCCACACUAAUAAUACAGAGUAAGACGGAUUGGGACCCUAGUUUUUAUCAAAUCAGUUGCAGUUUGUCACAGAACAUGGGGUGCUAAUGCUUAGACUGCCUCUUUCAUAAGCAAUCAAAGGUGAUGGAAGCAUUAUGUGCAGUAUUUUAAAUCUACUUUGUUUACUUAUCGGAAUUCUAAAACCACAAUUAUUCCCAAUCAGAGCUGAAACAUGUUACAAAAUGCAGUAGUAGUGUUUUAUUUUGGCAAAUAAAUAUUAAGGCCUUUCCACUGCUUUUCAUUUUACCUAUUAUAGUGGCAGGGCUUUAAUCUUUAGAAAGGAUUGCUCUCAUGGAGGAGUUGACUGGCAGAUUCCAGGUAAUUGGUCUUAUGCUGUAGUGUUUUUGGUGAUUUGAGUGUUCUUUAACUUAAUUUGGCUUAUGAAAGGAAAUUAAUCAACUAGAUCCAAAUUGAUGUUAUCGAAGAGUUGUGCAAAGUAUGGAAUAUUGUAAACCACUACAUACUUUUAUGUACCAUUGAAUACUAUGUAACAAAAUAAGAAGACUUUUUUUUUUUUUUUUUUAUACAUCCAAACAUUGCAGAGGUAUACAUGAGGUAGCAGCUGACCUAAGAUACCAAACAGCUAUUCACUAAAGUGUGAAUUUCCAAUUAUAGGUCAAAGUAGCAUACUGAAAACAAGGUUAAAAGAACAUUAUAGGGUCAGGAAAACAAAUGUGUAUUCCUGACCCUAUAGUGUUAAAACCACCAUCUAGCCCUCCUUACCUUAAAGUGAAAUUUUACUUGCAUUCAAGUCUGCAGAUGCUGCCUCUGCCACGUACAUGUGCUCACAUCAUCAGAUGUGGUGGUCUGAGCCAAUCACAAUGCUUCUCCAUUGGAUUGGCUGAGACUGUCAAUGAGGCAGAGAAAAAAUAGAAAGUUCAGUGUCUCCAUGCAGAGGGCAGAGUAACUGAAUGUCAGGAACACUGCAGCACUGCCACAGGAAGCAUCUCUAGCAGCCAUCUGAGGAGUGGCCAGUGAAGUUAUCCCCAGGCUGUACUGUAAACACUGCAAUUUCUCUGAAAAGACAGUGUUUACUGCAAAAGGCUGAAGGGAAUGAUUCUACUCACCAGAACAAAUACAAUAAACUGUAGUAGUUCUGGUGACUAUUGAGUCCCUUUAACUUUCCAGUUUGGUUGUUUUGGUGUAAAAUUUUGAAUUUACUUUGCAUUUUCCAAAUUCACACAGUAUCUGAACUACUUACAUGAUGGUUAGCAUUUAUUCCAGUAAUGCAGCAUUUAUUUUGUGCAUGGGUUUGCAUGUCAUUUUGUGUUUUCAUUACUUAUUUAAGCAGAUACUCUGUGAGUUGAAGUUACCCUUUUUUUUGUAAUGCAUUACAUUGAUAAAAUUAAAAAAUUGUGUCAAAAAAAAUAGGUAACAAAGAUACUCUUGCUGCUUCUUCUGCUAAAUAAUUUCCAUUAGAAGCAGCCGGCAGGCCCUGUCUGUACAGGAAUAAGUUUCACAAUCAUCCUGAGCCUCUCAUUCCUCUCCGUGGCACGCACCUUGUAGCAUAAAUCUCCAUUCAAUAGCGGGUUAUGGGGCACAUUAUUCAAUCCCCAGUGUUGUUCCACUCAUUACCUAGGUGAGUGUAACUGCUCUGCCUAAUAGAAAUCGUACCACAUCUGAACUCUGUGGACCUAAGAAAUCAGCAUUGGUUUUUAGUGUUUUCGAAUGUUCUUUUAAAUAACCACUGCUGCUUGUGUCCUGGAAUUUGUAUAUUUCUAUAGAUGUUGUGAGUAAUUUGAGGAAUGCAUUUAACAAGCUGCAUAUAAAAGGGGUUAAAGAGUUUACUUUGCACAUAAAUUGCUUUAUUUUUAUUUUAUUUUUAUCCAUUAUUGGUAUUAUGUCAAGUAGUGAUUUGUCCUCUCUAGUGUAACACUGGAGAACUAUCUCCAUUUUAGAAGUCAGAGCUUUAUAUGUUACACAACAGAGCUGUGACGUUGAUGCAUGGUGUUAUGCAUCGUUUGCGUUACAUUAUAUGCUUGUAUAAGCUAGACACCCCUCCCUUUCUCUUCCAUUUCGUCUAAACUUAUGAUUUACCAGUUACGGUAAAAUACCGCUUAACUCUGUUCAAUGUUUGGCCUCUGUAACAGUGUGUUAUUAACAUACGUACAUCAUUGUACCUGCACGUAAUACCCUUCGCAAAAUGUUUUGGCACACUAUAAACUGUUAUAGAUGGGAAAAACGAGCAGGAUCACAAUAACAAGUUCUGAAAGCUGUGCGUGUCAUUGAAGGUAUGUGUGGCUAAAAUCAAUGUGGUGUGUGUGUGCACAUCUUCCAAUUACAACAUUAAAUACACACGUCACGUCUUGCACAAAUAUAUAAACUCCUACUAAUAUUAAUGGUGACAUGCAAUAUUAUGAUUACUUCGAUCAUUUCAUUGUAAUACAGACACUUGGAGCACACAUAACGGAAAGCCAUGGCCAAGCUGUUCUUGUAUUAUUGUAAUGUUGCAAGCAACCUCCUUUCACUGAAGUACAUAGUGUUGUAAAAUGUAACACAUUCCUGUUAACAUAAAAUUAAUUAAAACUUUUUAAAGUCACUUUUUUUUUCCUAAGGCAUACCCAAACCAGUAGGUGUAAGAAGCCUCAUGUAGCAUCUUAAAGUUUUUUGUUUUCUCUCCUCCAUAUCUAAAGCAUGAUUUUUGCUAAGAAAGAUCAACAUCGUUUGUAGCUGAGUACCAUCUUGCAGCUUCAUACUUCCUACCUGAAAAGAGAGACUAGGUAGCAGGUGACAUAAAGUUCCCUCAAGUUCACUGAUAUUGGAUGAUUCCUGCUGUUUACUGGUUCAAUAAACAUAAUUCCAUAAUGAACAGAACCUGUAGAUUUGUUGCAAAAUAGUAAGUGUGUAUAUUUUAUAAUUUUAGUGGGGCUGCUGAAUCAUUCUAUUUGUCAACGUAUUGGCCAAACAUUUUGAGACAUGACUCAAUAACCGCAAACCAUUUUAAUGUUGUGCAAGACAGUUUUGGGAAGAAUCUUAUAAAUUGAUGUUAUUUUAUUGAACAGAUUUUUUUUUUUUUUCCUUUCAUCCAAGUACCUCACUAAGCCAUUCUUUUUACCAGUACCUGUACUUGCAAACUUUAUUUUCAGAGAUUUAGCCAAACCAUAACUUUGUUAAAUUUAACAGCCGUUCAAUUGUUUCAGAAUAAAAGUGACAUUAAAUGAUCACUAUAGGGUCAGGAACACAAACAUGUAUUCCUGACCCUAUAGUGUUAAAACCACCAUCUAACCCCCUGAACCCCUCAUGCCUGCAUAAAUAUAGCAAAAUUUUAGUGUAUUCAAGCCUGAAGCCUAGCUCUGCAUGCUGUUUGACUCAGAAAAACAAGCAGUCUGCUGACAUCAUCAAAAGUGGUAGCCUGAUCCAAUCACAGUGUUUCCCCAUAGGAUUGGCUGAGGCUGACCAAGAGGCAGAUCAGGGGCAGAGCCAGCAUUCAGUGUCUGCAUGCAGAGGGAGGAGACACUGAAUGUUUGGAUGCAUUUUAGGCAGCCAUGACCCAGGAAGGAUCUCUAACAGCCAUCUGAGGAGUGGCCAGUGAAGUUAUCACUAGGCUGUAAUGUAAACACUGCAUUUUCUCUGAAAAGACAGUACUUACAGCAAAAAGCCUGAAGGUAAUGAUUCUACUCACCAGAACAAAUGCAAUAAGCUGUAGUUUAAGCUAUAUUUUAUUCAUGUUAAGUAAUAAAUUUAGAAAUACUUAUUAUUGCAUCCUGCACUUUUUCCGGUAAGGGGAAGUGUCACCCCAAUUUGACACUAAGCCUGCAAACUUAGAGCCAGUGCUUAAAAGGCUCUAAAAAAGGUGUGCACCCCUUUUUCUUCUUUUUUGUAUAUUAUCAAAAGAGGAUUUCCGUGGAUACUACACCUUGAGUCUCUUUUCUCACAUACAUACAUUGUGGAGUGGAGAGGAGUAAGAAUUUUGAAGAACUAAAGGGGUUAAGCUGUCUAGAAGUUUAGAGCCUAAUAUCUAAAAAGGCUCUAAUAAAUGUGAGUAGAUCUAACUCACACACAAUAAUAAUAUUCUGUAUAUAUACAAUACUGCACAAUUAUUCUCUAUAUUUCUUUUUUGCUUUUCAUGUACACCCCCUAAUAAGUCUAUUAAGAGGGGUAAGUUACAUGUGUAUGUACUCAAAUACCUAUCCUGUAUAGAUAUGUAUAGCGCUGCACUCCAAUUAGAGGCUUGGAAGGUGGAAACAUCAACCAGACCUCUAGUUAUCUUUUUCUUUGGUGUCUUUUACUUUAUGGUGGGGUAUUGGGAGUACCCACAGAGUGUUUACAACAGCUAAAAAUCAAAUUACUAUCACUGUAUAAUUUCCUAUAAGCGCCAACUACUACCACACCUAUUUGUGUUUACAUUCCCUUUAAAGUUUGUUGCAAAAUUGGAAGCGCUUUAAACUGGGGUUUUUUUUUGUUUUUGUUUUUUGGAUCAACAGCAGAAAACAGAUGAGAGGAGGGCUGAAUUUGAUGGACGCAAGUCUCUUGUAACUAUGUAAAGCUAGCGUUCAAGAUUGAUUAGUUUUAUGUAGAUAAGAGAGAAAAUCCUGGUACUGCCCGAGCUAUACUUCCCUACACUUAAAUGCUGUCUUACUUUCCACUAGUAUCAGACAGCUGAUGAGUCUGGUGGUAAGUGCAUACAAUAUUGACCUUGUUGGUUAACUUGGUGGUUGGCCUGGAAUCGUUUUCCCAAAGAACUUCUCUUGACACAUUGCAUUGUGUUUUGACUUGAAAUUAUAAAAGGGACCUCGUUAGCGACAACUUGAUUGACUCCAUUUCAAAAGUACCCUGCAUGCUUUUCACUAAAGAAUCGUGAAGGGCUGUGGUCAGGUUAAAAUUAUAUGUAUCUUAGAAAGGACAUUUUAGUUUAUCAAGUGAUAUAGAUAGAUAUUUGUUGUUUGUGUCAAUUGAGAGGCAGUUGAUUUGAUCUUUGUUUCAUUAACUAUCCACAGCAUAGUCAUCUGAGCAGUCAGGAAAGCCCUGUCUGAAGCAUUAUGCUGAUUUUGAAAUGACUCUGCAUGAAAAGAGUUGUGAUAUCAGAACAGUAAUUUCUCGCCCGCUGUACAAAUUGUACUUUUUUUCUAAAGACACCAAAAUAAUAAUUUUAUAUGUGCAUUAAGUUUAACAUGGGGUUAGAUCAGGAUCCUAAUUCAAAGGAUCACUGUAGUGUCAGGAAAACAAAGCGGUUUUCCUGACACUAUAGUGCCCUGAGGAUACCCCCACCCUCAGGGACUCCUCCUGUGGCGCUGAAGAGGUUAAAAAUGUUUACCUUAAUCCAGCGCCAUGACCUCUCCUCCCCCGCCAACAUCAGCGGAGCCGAAUGCACAUGCGCAGCAAGUGCUGCGCGCGCAUUCAAAGUGUCCAUAGGAAAGCAUUUCUCAAUAUUAAAAAUAAAAAAGCGAUCUCUAACCACUGCAGGGAGGCUGGGAAUACAAAAAAAAAAAAAGGGCACAUUAAAGUGUAUCUUUAAUGUGCCCUUAUUUUUAUUUUAUUUUUUGUAUUCCCAGCCUCCCUACAGUGGUUAGUGAUCGCUUUUUUUAUUUUUAAUAUUCCCUCUCUACCUCUGUUGUCCACACCACCAAUCUACGUCCUUUGCCUUACUGGCUCAGAGCUCAGAUUAAAUUACUGGCCAUGACUGCCAGUUCAGUGAGAUCCCUUUUCAAUGUUUGUUGAAUCUGUCUAUCACCCCUAGUAAAGGCCUGUUAUUGGAUGUUGGGUUGAUUUUUAUUUCCCUUUUUACAAUUAUUUUCAAAGGCUAAUGAUAUUGUUCCAGAAAUAACUGUUUUCUUAAAGGGGUACUCCAAUCACCAUGACCAUGUCAGUGACAUACAGUGGUCAUGCUGGUAGGAGUAUGAAUGUGCAGUGUUUCAGCUUGUAAUACUGCACAUACUGUGAGAUAUUUGCACUUGUGUGCUGGGGGCUAGUUUCACUCCAGCAUGCGUGACUUGUUCUGGGCUGCCAGUGUCAAUUCUGUGUACAUUUUUCGUGUAGAAUCCUGCUCCUUGUAAGCAGAGUGCAGCUUUUACCUCACACCUACCUCUGAUGCACUUUUGCCAACUUAAAAAACAAACAAAAAAAAACCUCUCUCGCCAAGAAGUAUGCAUGUACUCUGAGCCGGCAUUAGAUGGGCCUUCUCCACAGUGGGCAAUAGGAUAUAUUACUAUUCAUUACGUGUCCUAUCUGAACAUUAGAUUCAAUAUCAUGAUUACCCUGUUCCAAAUCCUGAUACUCAAAUGUUUCAUAUUGUAUUAAAUCAAACUGUAAGAUCGUUUGUUUUCAAAACAAACGAUCUUACAAACUUAUUAACAUCCAGUUAUGUAUUAAAUAAUUUGAAAUCUGAAGUCUGUGCUGAAUUCAAGCUUCUAUUAAAAACACUAAUUUAAAGUUACACUCUACUGUCCAAAUACCAAAUGAAUCAAAGCACUGUUUAGUAGAUAUGCUCCAAAUGACAGCAUGCAUGCUUUAAAUUGUGUAUUAUUUUUUUCAUUGGGGGUAUGUCUAAAAACCUUUUUUUGCAAAAACGUAAUUUCUCUUGUCUGCAGCUUUUGCAAAUUCUCCCCACCAACCUCACAUAGACUGUCUGUGGUUGUCCAAUCACAGACUUCCCAAUGCAAUUCAAUGAGAAGUCACUGCAAGACAGGUGAUCUCUGCAAUUGCUGCCUCUUGAGUUUAGCUCCACAGAACUAACCAAACCAGGAAUUUAAAAAAUUGAUUGAAAGUCGGGGGGUGUAACCAGGUGAAUUCAUGAAAGUGUCCAUUUCCAUUGAAAUCAGCACUUUAAGCAAAUUUGUGAGAGAUUAUUUGAUUAGUGGAUGCAGUGUGUGUGUGUGUGUGUGUUUGUGUGUGUGUGUGUAUAUAGUGAAUGAAUGCAGUGUGUGUUUGUGUAGUGUGUUUGUGUAGGUAUGUUAAGUGUGUAAAAUGGGGUUGUGGGGUUACAUUUUUUUAAUUUUCUUUUAAUAAAUCUAAAAAUGUUCAACUUUUUUUUUUUUUUUUUAGUCCUCCCUCUCGCUUCUUACCUGGCCAGGGAUUGGGGUAUGUGAUUCCCUGGUGGUCCGGUGGCAUGGACUGUGCAGAGGGGGCCCAGCACACUCUUACCUUCCCUUCAACUCCCCUGUCUAACUCUCGGCCGCGCGGACCGUUGCCGCGGUAACCCGUGGCAACGCUCUGAUGGCCGCAAGAGUUUGACAGGGGGCUGCUGGGAAGGUAAGUAAGAGUGUGCCGGACCCCUCAGGACUUCUGCGGGCCUCCUAGGACCCUGAUGGCGGCCCUGGUCUGCAAUAUCGGUAUCUUUAUUAGCCGAUACCGAUUUUGCUGAAAAUACAGAAUAUCGGCCAGACCGAUAAUCGGUCGAUUCCCUAUUGUCCUUAGUCCCUUGGCCAUGACAAUCCAUCCAUCAUUACACUUUUAGUCCUUUAAUGCUAAAGAAUCGCCAGGAACCAAUCCCCUCUGUGCUGUUUGUGUUAAUGAGGAAACAUUAGCCUGAGCAGUGAUGGAAGUCUUCGAUUGGCUGAGAGUUUCAGAUAACUACAUUCAGCCCUGUUUGAGAAGAACAGACCUGCUUCCCAUUACAGGUUAAAAGUCCCCAACACCUUAUUUCGGCUUUAUGGUGUGUAAUUCACCAUCACUCAUAGUUAAGUGUAAUGCAAUCUGACGUUUCAAUGAUAAAACGCGACAAUAAUUCAUCUUGUGAUGGCUGCUGGGUUUGGACAAACCUUGAUGGCAGAGCUCUGCCUUUUGUCAGCCUCUGGUUUUACCAUAAUACAAAACAGUCCCUUCUUUGCCAUAUAGUAUCUUUUGAUUGCAACACAUUCAGCAUCAGUAUUUCAUAAAAUUGUCAUUUUGAAUUGCUGAGACGUGACAGAGCCACUUUACAUGUAACAGGCUAGACCAGCUGCUCAUUAUUCCAGCAGUUUAUAUGCCCUUAUGCAAGCAGUAGCAAUUAUUCAUACAUGUAUGCACUUGGAAGAUAUAGCUUUUAUUACAAAUGGAACUUGAGUUUAAAAAACUUAGCUUGCCUAGGAUGAAUAUAUGCUGAUGUAAUAAUACAGUUUUAUAAUUGCUGAUUGGGUGUGUUUUAAAUAAGAGGAAUGCAGCUUCAGUUGUUUUUGCCCAGUUUAGCUGGCCUUGAGAAUCAUUUGCGGUUUGACAUGUCUGCACUAGAAACUCACCUGGCUCAAUUCAUAGGCAGCCAUUUGUCAAAACCUAUAUUCUCUGUGGCUGUCCAAUCACAGACUUCCCAGUGCAGCUCAAUGAGAAGUCUUUGCAAGGCAGGUGUUCUGAGCAAUUUUAGCCUCUUGAGUUUAGCCCCAUUGAGCUAACCAAACCUUUUGUCUGCUUGAAACCCAGCAGGCGCGUAACUAGGUUAAUUUAUAAAAGUGCAAAUUGCUAUUGAAAUCUGUUUUAAAUAUUUUUAUUGUAUUCAUAACAUGGAUGCAUGUAUCAAACUGUUUUGUCAAAUAACGAAGCAAGUGAUUGCCCGCGCAGGGGCUUAAGCAUCAAUUUAUAACGGUGGAAACAUUCGGUUGCCUGCGCAGAGGACCGUUUAGCGUGACAUUGUUGUUCACCUUUCGUUGCUAUGUGCCAUAUAUUCUUAUCCGUGGCAUCUAGUUGUUAGAUUCCUAGCAUAUUACAUUGCAAACGUAGUGUUAAAGUGGCGGGUCCGUGCCUGCGUGGAGGCCCGGUUAUAUUUGCAUGAACAGGUUCACAGGUUGUGGCCUUCGCAGAGGCUUUGUGUACCCGCCAGAUGUUGUAUAGCGUUUAAUACAGUAAAAUUUUUAGGCAUUUACCCUCUAGGCGUCUGUAUGUCGUUUUAGAGUAAGCAUAUAGAGUAGGGGGAACAGACUAUGUGUCAGCUCUAAUAACAGUGCGGUGUACAGGCAACCUCACUAACUUAUUACAUCCUAAACAUUGUGGUUGUAGUCAACAUUUUGUAUCUAGCUGGCGUCUUGUUGCCUUUGCGAGACCCGGUUGUGUGUUGCGUAACUGCAUUUAAAUAGUCGCUGUAUCAGUGUAUAUCUUGGGGAGAAGCGUAGUGGUUAGGUAUUGUCCGUGAGCGACACGGUAGUGCUUGAACAGGUCUGUAACGACCCUUAGGGUGUUUCUCUGUAUGUGUUUGCCUAUACCUAUAUUAGUGUAGGAUGUGGUCCCUCACUAUGUUGCAUGGAGCAAUGUAUCUUUUUGGGGUGGUCAGUUACUGUAGCCGCUGUAGUUAGUGUUGGCCCUUUAGCGUUGUUCACGUGAGUUGGGUCAGUCGUUGCGUCUCCUCCGUUGUGUGCAUGUUGCAUGUGUGAUGUGUGUUGCUUGGGUUACGUUCAGUGUUGUGUCGGCUAUGUCUUCCCCUCCUCUCCGGCUUAAAUGUCUAUCGACCUGUGUCUAUGUCGCGAGGUUAACAACUCUGUCAUGUCCUUACGUCAGAGUAUGAGUUCUCUGCUGUCGUAUUUGACGUCUCGUAUAUGUCCUGCAGUGGUGUCCGAUGAUGUGGAGCGGUCUGUUGGCGUGGUCUGCGUGUAUGUGAUUCGUGGUCUCUCGUGUCUGUGUCGUGCAUGUGUGAUCGUGUGUUACUUCGAGUGAUGUGUCUGACACCUUUGGCCCUCUGUCAUUGUGACUCCAUUGUCUGGUCUGUCACCUGAUUUUGCAGUCAUUCUAUGUCUUGUUCGUCCAGAGGUAAGGUGCGGCAAAGUAGUGGGUCUAGUGUGCGGCGUGUUAUCUGUCAUCUGUUCAUGUGAGGGCUGUAUACCUAGCCAUCCCUCGAGCGGUUGCGGCCUGGCCGGUGGUUAUGUGUGUGGCACGUGUAUGCCAUCAUGUCUGCGGGCGUCGUGGCUGUCUUAGUCAGCAGUGGCAGUCGCUGUGACGUCUGUGUGUGGGAUCGGGUCGGGUGGGCCAUGUGUCCUGUGUCCCGCCCCCUGUCCCCCGCCCGGCUCGUUGUGCCCCGUCGUCAUCUUUUCGCCUCCUGUGUCUCCCUAGGUCCCUUCCUCCUGCCACUAGUUACGGUGUGGUUAGAUGGUGCCGGAAGGAGUCUGAUGAGAUCAGUCUCAUCCAGUGGAACCAGCGUUUGGUAUAUCGGUCCCUGAGGUUCGGGGUUUCUGCUUUCAAGUCCUCGAAUGAUCUCGUGGCUUCCACCUCCUCUAUCCAUCUCUUUAUGGGAGGUGUGCUGGUCUGUUUCCAGAAGAUGGGGAUGGUCACCUUAGCUGCAUUCAGAAGUCGAGGGAUAGCCGAUCUCUUGUAUGUUUGUGUCGCCAUGGUGGUGUGGUGUAAGAGGAAGGCGGCUGGGGACUGUGGCAGGAGCUCCUCCGUGACCUCGUGUAUGAUUGUCCUAAUUCUGUCCCAGAACGGUCUGAUGCGAGUGCACGUCCACCAUAUAUGUAUAAACGUACCAGCUUCCUCCCCGCAUCUCCAGCAUGUGUCUUCGAGUUCCUGGUUUCUGGCGUGUAGCGCCGUUGGCGUCAGAUACCAUCUAGUAAAGAUCUUGUAAGAGUUUUCUUGGGAGCGUGCCGAGCUCGGAGUCUUUUGUAUUAGGGUAAUGCUCUUGUCCCAGUCCGCGUCUGUCAUAGGUUCCUCAAGGUCCUCCUCCCAUUUUCUGAUGCACGGGGGUGCUAGUAGAUAUCUGCUCGUGAUUAAGAUAGUGUAGAUUUGUGAGAUGGCACGAGGAGGUUCCCUGUCCUGCGUGCAUAGAAGUUCAAAUUGCGUUAAGUCUCUCAGUAGGGAAGGUUUUUGCGGGAUGGAUCUAGCAUAUUGAGUAAUUUGCGUUCUUGCUAGUGCGUGGGCAAAUGUGUGCGGCCUGUCUGGGUAUAAGUCUUCCAGUGGCCGGAUGUCAAAUGGUUGGUGGAGAACGUCUUUUAUGCGGGGUAUCGUAUUGCAUCUUGCUGGGCCCAGCGUUGGGCCGUAGUCUCCAGCCGGAAAAUCUGGGUUACCCUUCAGGGGUAGGAGCGGGCCUGGGUCCGUGGUGAGGUAUCGUUUCGUGCCUUGCCCAUGCCACACUUGCAUGGUCGCCGCCACGAAUGGGUUGGUGAUGCAUUUGCUUCUAUAUGCUGCCUUGGUGAUCCACGGUAGGGUUCUGAGGUCGCAGUUGGUUAUGUCAGCUUCUAGUUGUGGCCACUGCUUGGUGCCGCUGGCUAUCGACCAGCUGAUGACCCUGGUGAUGUGUGCUGCGUGGUAGUACUUUUCGAAGUCUGGGAGUGCUAAGCCCCCCCGGAGCUUGGGUAAGAUCAGUUGGGUGUGCGCUAUGCGUGGGGAUUUGCCCUUCCAAAUAAAGGUGCGGACCUCCGUCUUAAGUGUCGAGAAGAAUGUUCGUGGGACUUUUAUCGGCACCGUUUGAAAGCUAUUGAAAUCUGUACUUUUUGUAAGUUAUAAAAAGGGGACACACUCUUCACACAUUAAAGCAUUUCCGCAGGUAACAGUGCAUUAAGUGUCUGGAUUGUCCUUUGAAACAGUUACACUGUUAGGGGCAUGAUCUCAACACGCAAACAACUUCAUGAAGCUAAAGUUGUUUUGGUGCUUAGUGUCCCUUUAAGAAUAAUUAUGUGACUUUAAGCAAAGUAAAAUGAAGCAUCUAUGUUUUUGCAUGGCGUUACUGUUGUGCAUGUAGGAGUCCAUAGUACUGGAAAAUUAAUGUUACAUUUUGUGCAUUUCGGUGCUCUGGAGAAUAGUAAGACGUAAAUAUAGCAUGUUGUAGGAUUCAUAUUUCACUUUAAUAGCGUACUUCAAUUUAGAUUGCUAUGUUUGAUUCUAUAGACAUCGGAUUGUGUUACUUUACUAAACAGAUAAUAUUGACAGACCAAUAGUGAUGUCCCGAACGGUUCGCCGCGGACUCCAGUCAGCAGACACAUUCCAGCCAAUCAGCAGCAGACCCUCCCACCUCCUGGACAGCUCACCAAGAAUGCAGCUUCAAAAUGGAUGCUGUCCAGGAGGUGGGAGGGUCUGGGAGGAAGGGUCUGCUGCUGAUUGGCUGGAAUGUGUCUGCUGACUGGAGUCUGUGGCGAACCGUUCGGGACAUCACUACAGACCAACAAUUAGAUUGAUGAAACCAGCCUUAGAGAAAUAUUUGGUGUUGUGCUUUUGGGAAAGAAGAGAUAAUUUGACAGCAAAUGAAUGAAUCUGCUUCUUGUUUUAUACUGCUUCUAUCCAUGAUAAAUGGCAGAAAUAAUGUAAAAAAUUAUAUUAAAAUGAAGUAUUAUGUAGAUCAUUAAAAAAAGUCUGUGCUUUAUGUUUGAUCCUAUUGGUUACACAUCACAACUAUAGAGCUGGUGGGAUAUGGCUGUUUGGCUCCCCAGAGACAGGCUUAAAUAUCACCGGCAGUGUGUAAAAGCAAUGGUCUAGAUCUAGAAUAUAUAACUACUGUAUGCAAAUAUUUUUAUUUUAUUUUGUUUAACAGCUUUCCAAGACCAAUUUUUCCAACAACACGGAUUUUCGAGCAUUACUGCAGUCUCUGUAUGAAACAUUCAAAGAGUUCAAAAUGCAUGAGCAAAUUGAGAAUGAAUAUAUCAUCGGCUUGCUGCAGCAACGCAGCCAGACAGUGUACAAUGUGCAUUCGGACAAUAAGCUAUCGGAGAUGCUUGUCCUGUUUGAGAAAGGACUGAAGAAUAUAAAGGUAAGUGAUGUCAGGAUGGUUAACGUGCAUAAUUAGUUUUCAGUUGAGAUGAUGUAAUGAAAAAAGUUAAAGUACACAGUUUAAAUUUAUAAAAUUUCUCUUUAAUAAAAAUAUAAAAGUAAUUCUAAAUAAUAAAAGAAGGAUGUAAGGGAGUUUCUCUCUCUACUAUACAGUCAUUAUUUACUGCAGGCCCAUGUAUGUACAUAUUGUCUGUGAGUGCAGAUAGCGCUAUAACUUAAUGGAUUGUUGUGCUUCAAACUGACAACUGCUCAAAUACUUUCUAACCAGUGGGACAGUGAAUCGAGAUGGGAUCAGGUAAGUAACAUACUCCUUUUGGAUCUACUUGUGGGAGAGGUUCUAUAAAUAAGAUAGAGGUCUCAGUAGAAAGCGUUAUUGUGACUGUGGUGGAUUGCCUGCCAUUGAAUCUAUAAGGCAGCAGGUAAACCACAUCUGCUGUAAAAAAAAAUAAAAAAAAAAAAUUGUAAGGAUCCACCACAUUUAAUAUUGAUUGAAAAUAUAUAGACUUUUAUCAUUAAAUGGUUUUCCAUGAUACAGAGGGCAGGUUAGAAAAGAGAAAAAUUGCAGAUAACUCCUUACGCAUUUUUAGCAGUAAUGUCUUUUGUUCUAGUCCUAUGUUGGCUGAAUAGAAAAUGUUGUUCUUAAAGGGACACUAUAGGCACCCAGACCACUUUAGCGCAUUGAAGUGGUCUGGGAGCAGUGUCCUAUCACAUUUAACCCUGAGCAUGUAACUAUUGCAGUUUGUUAUAAAGUGCAAUAAUUACCUGCUAGGGUUAACUCCUCCUCUACUUGCUGUCUACUAGACAACCACUAGAGGGACUUCCAGGUGCUUAGGCAACUUUCGGUCACCUAAAUGAUGCUGGACGUCCUCACGCUUGAAUAAUGCUUUCCUAUGGAGAAAUCCUAAUGUGAGCGCAUGCCUAUUAGAGCUCCACAGCCAGCUGACAAAAAGAGUUUGUGUUCCUGGCGCUUUAGUCUCACUUUAAACAUCUACGGCUGGAGUGUUAUUUUUUUUGUAACUUUACUUAUUCCAAUUAAGAGCAUGUCCACUUGGUCUUGUCUUAUAAAAGUGAACAUUUUUAAGGCUAGGAUAGCUGGAAGGGCUUCCUCAUUCACUUUGAGUGCUUGCUCAAAGGGCUUCUAAUACAGAAGUAUUGGUUUCAGUGCUUGCAGAUCAUGAUAAUUACUGUACAUGACUCUUGUCUUUUGGGAUGCAACUUCUCUAAUAUUGUACCUGAACAUUAACAACAUACUUUCUACUUUAAAAACAUUACUGUACUUCUUUAUUUCCAGAAUGAGUAUGAGCAACUGAACUAUGCUCAGCAGCUGAAGGAGAGGCUGGAAGCUUUCACCAGUGAUUUCCUUCCCCACAUGAAGGAAGAGGAAGAGGUUUGUGAUAAAGUGGAAUAAUUAAUUAAACACGAUGUGGGUGCUGUAGGUCUUUAUACUAUAAUUAAUUUCCGCUUUGUAAUAUUUCUUAAUCAGAGUGCAUACAAGGGCAAACCUUCUAAUAAUUAUAAUAAUCUGCUACUUUGCAUUUUGUGAAUUAAUUCACUACUGUAAACAUGGUUCCUCAUUUCAAAGGACUGACAGUACAUUCUUGGUAUAAUUUGCCUUUUUCCUGGUAUUGGUAGUCAGUAUUGCACUAGAUUUUAUUUUCCUUCUUUUAUCCUCUUUUUAAUCUUUAGCUGUCUGUCCAGCAACUCUGAUAUUGAAAAGGGGACAAACAGCAUUUCAGUUUUCUGUCCGUGUAUUUGUAUUUACCCGUAGUAAUAACUUGCUAUUUCAACAUAGCUUUAUUUUCACAAUCUGUUAGCUGCUAAGCCAUGGACAGCUUACAUACUCCUCAUUGUUGCAGUUACUUGAUUCAUACAUUGGGAUUUGACUACAUAAAUAUAAACGUGUGUGUGUAUAACCCUCAUAAAUAUAGAAGUAAAAUUCUGUUUCCUUAAUUCUUAAACGAUUUGGACAGCUGUGGAUUAGUCGUUUGCGUGUGCUUUCUCUCAGGUUUUUCAGCCUAUGUUGAUGGAAUAUUUCACUUACGAUGAGCUGAAAGAUAUAAAAAAGAAAGUGAUUGCACAGCACUGCUCCCAGAAGGACACAGCCGAACGUAUUAGAGGCCUGAGCAUUUGGAACCAAGCUGAAGAGCUUCAAAAAGUGUUCAAAUAUUCAGUAGAUGAAAAGGCAGAGCAAGGUGAGACAUUUCAACCAUAUGUAAGGACAUUUAAGUCGAGCUUGCUUUCUAUAUCUUCUGUAGCAUGCAGUUCCUAAAAGUACUACAAACCGAGCAUUUUACAUAAUUUCUCCCUUUGCAGUUCUAAUGAUUUGGGAUUGCAAGAGUUUUGCUAAUUUACCAAUACUUCUGCAUACAGGAUUAUCUCCUUUAAUAUAUUCACUGUCUUUCAAUGUUUGAGAUAGCUAAUAUGUAGAACUACUGCUUCCAUGAGAAUACUAGCAAACCAUCAUGGAAGUUCUAGUUUGCUAGAUGGUGCCUUCUAAGUCCUGGACGAUCAACAUGUAUGAGUGUAGAUUAAUUUUUACAUGUGGCUUUAUUAUUUAAAGUGUUUUUAAACCCUUUAAUAAAGUUUAUUCACUAAACUCGGACUUGUGAGAAAUUGGCAGGGAAACUGCAAAAUCUAAGCCAAAUUACUCAAAAUCUCUAACAUGCCCUUUAUUUUUCAAUCAUCUACAAUUGCCAAUGUAUAGAACAGGCUCUAUCUAGUGUGUGUUGCAAUGUUAAAGGAAGUUUGUACUAUUUAGGAUUAUUGUUUAAAUGACUCUCUCAAGUGGCUUUGCUUCAAUAAUUCAUAUUACUUGAAGUAGGAGACUGACAUCGCUCUAAUUCUUUGUCUCUGAGUUUCAAAUGGGAAUUUUUGCGCAUUUCACAUAUUGUUACCUGUAUUCCUGACACUAUGGCGCCCCUAUCCUCCCUAUUUAAAUAAUAUUUUGCGUGUGUGUUUGUGUGUGUGUGUAUAUAUGUGUGUGUGUGUGUGUGUGUGUGUGUAUAUAUAUAUAUAUAUAUAUAUAUAUAUCAUUUAUUUAUUAUACACACACACUUUUAACCCCACUUUGUUAGUCUUUUGUUAUUAUUUUGUUGAUAUUUACCUUAAUUUUUUUUAGUUCUACAUAAGAUAAAGUUAGGGACUGCUUUUUCACAUGGAGGGAGUGAUAGUUUUGGCAGAGAUUAAGCAAAGUUCCAUUUCAGUUAGUAAACUUAUUUACUCACAAUUUAUCUGUCCAAAGAAGCUAACAAAAGGUCAAACUGCCAACAUAAUGAACAGAGCACAGCAAAAUGCAGACACCCAGGUCUGGUGCAAGGAAACGAAUAUAAAUGCAAAUAACGAAAAGGCGCAUGCUGAAAUUAUAAUCAUUAAGAUGCAAAGAGAGAAAGGAAAAACAGAAUGGGGGAAAUGACAGUGCAACUUUAAACACAUAUUCUAUUCAAUAUUUGUAUUUUAUUCUAAUAGCUGCAUUAAUGUAUUCUUUAUACAGAAACAAAGAUUCAGCCAAGCACUACUUCAAUUUCCCAUCUUCCUCCAGAGGUAAUGCUAAACAUUUUUAGCUACCUUAACCCGCAGGAACUGUGUCGCUGUAUUCAAGUAAACACUAAAUGGGCACAGCUGGCAAAAACUGGAUCUCUUUGGAAGCAUCUCUACCCAGUUCUGUGGGCGCGAGGUGAGUCAUUCUCUUUGGGUGUUUUUCCAAAGCCAAUACAACAGAACAAGAACUUAAUAAUAACUCUAAACCAACUUCUGUUAAGAUCCUUUUUUUUAUUUUAUUGAUUCAUAUAAUCUUUACUUCUGUCCUUAUUCCAUCUAAUAUAGGUUUUCAAAGGGUAUUGCUUUGUGUUUGCAAAUAAAUUAUUUUUUGUAAUAUGAUUAUAUUAUAUUAUUCAAGCGGGGACGGUCCAUUUUGCAUCUCUCCUGAUAUUCAGGUACGUAAAAGAUAUAACCUAGAAUUGUACUUCUUUUUACAUACCUUUCUCUUUUGAGCUACCACCAUAUAAAAAUUGGAGGGGGGGGGGUUUAAAGUUUAAAAUAUCUUAUAUAGGACUCACUUUAGCAUUCUAUGUAUUUGUUUGUCUAAUGCUUAUUGUAUUCUUUUUAUAUUUAUAGCCUUAAUGUUUUUCAUUGAGUGAUCUGUUUGUUUGUUAAGGGAAACUGUAGUCAGCAGAACAAAUACAGCUUAAUGUAGUGGUUCUUGUGUCUAUUUCCUGUCCCUGUAAGCUGUUCAUUGUAAACAGAGAAAAGAUUGUGUUUACAAUGCUGCCUAGUAACACACCUCUAGUGACAAUCAAUCGGACGAUCUCUAGAAGUGCUCACUAUCUUAGUGUGGCACACAGUGUAGCAUCUCCAUUCAGUGUCUCCACACUCUGCAUUGAGACGCGGAAUGCUCCCCUUAGAGAUGCAUUGCUUCGUGUGCUAUAGUCUCCCAAUGCUUUCCUAUGAGAAUUUGAAUGGCUGAGGUCAUCAACAUUGAUGAUCUCAGCCAUGGAGGCAGGCCACUCACGGCAAGGGAGAAAGGGUAAGUUAAAAAUAUCUUUUCACUGCCAUCGGGGGGGCUGGUGACCUAAACAGCCACUUCAGGACUCCUUUAAGGAGACUGUAGAGUCACUGAAGUUAAAUUGUGAUAAUCGAUUGCCGCUCACCUGCCCUUGUUUCAAUUUUGGAAAUGUAAUGAUUUGUUUCUAUUGCUAUGCUUAUUUUAUUUUGUACAAAUGUUUAUUUAAUAGGCAACUGGUACAAUGGACCACCUACACACCUUGACACAGAACCAGACGAUGAAUGGAUUUCAAGAAGAAAAGAUGAGAGUCUCGCCUAUCAGGAAUAUGAUGAAGAUGCAGAUGUAGAUGAAUCCGGUAAGCAGUAUUUCCACUUGCAUAAAUGCUGCUUUAUAUCUUUGAGUUUGUUUUUAGAACAUAACACACACACACUCCAUAAGGUGUUUUGUGUUUGUAUCUUUUCCUCUUCCAGAAGAGACAGAUGAGGAUAAUUCCCACAUUAAUGUGGCACAGCAAGAAAAAGAAUUACUCCAUGGUUUGAUACAUAACAUUCUUCCAAGUGUUGGACGUUCUGUGAAAACCCUUGUUCUUGCCUAUAGCUCUGCUGUCAGCAGCAAAAUGGUGAGUAUGCUAGCAGUUAUAACUGUGAUGUAGAAAGUUCAUAUAUGCCCAUACAUGUUAAUUUAUUAACAUCUAUGUUUUACAGAUUCGUCAGAUACUUGAGUUCUGUCCUAACUUGGAACAUGUGGAUCUUACUCAGACUGAUAUCUCAGAUUCUGCAUUUGAUGGGUUAGUUAAAAUGCAUUAGCAGUGGAAUACAUGGUUAUUAAGCUUACUUGAGAAUAAUGUUGGGAAAACCACAAAGAAAAGGGAGUGCGGUCACUCUAGUGCUAAAACAGUAUAGAUACAAUUCACCUAGUGCAGCAAACGUGUAGAAGGCUGCUAUGGUUUAUCAGCCGCAAAGUGUAACAACAAAAAUAGGAGGUAACAAUGCACAGCUUAGUAGAUUAGGCCAACUCGUGGAACCACACUUUUAUUUGAAGAGCAUACGGAAGACAAACCUCUGGACCCCUAUCCCUUCCUCAGUGUGUGUGUUUUGCACUAGCUGGAGUGCUUUUUUCAUUUUACAUGAACUGCAGAUUUAAAUUUAAAUUGGCACAUUUAGAAAUUAACUUUGUUACACCUUUUUUUUCGUCAAUCUGGCAACCAGUUCUGUUACUUUUUGUAGUUUAGCUCAGUGAAGCUUAACUGAAGAGACGAGCACCUCCCCUACAAAGACUUAAGAAUAAGCUGCAUUGAGACAUCUACAUUGCACAGCCAGGGCGGGGAAGGGGGGCUUGCAAAGUUUUUAGAUAUAUUAACAUUAUUAAAUGCAUGCAUGUUUUUUUUAUAGGGGUGUAUCUACUAAAUGCUGUUGAUUGAUUAAAAAAAAAAAAAGUGGAGGUUCCCUUAAAUGUUUUACAACCAACAGCAUGUCUUCUGAUGCUGCAUUUGCUUAGAUUGGUGUCAGGUGAUGUCCUGGUAAUCUUGCACGGUAAAGUUGAUAUUAAUUUAAUCUUUGUAAUCUCUUUCAGAUGGUCAUUGGGUAAUUGCCAGAAUCUCCGCCAUUUCGACUUGUCUGGUUGUGACAAAAUCACUGAUCUGACUUUAGAAAGACUGUCCUUAGCACUUGGUGUGCUAUCAUCUCACAGGAAAAACAUGCUAAAAUGUUGCCUGAAUCACAAAAAUGUGAAAACAUCCUGGGGAAGCAAAGACAUUGCGAAUAGCAUUCAGUGCAGCAUGUCCUAUAUGACAGGCGAAAGUGGAAUAUAUUCUGUAAAUCUAUGGCCAGACCCUGACAAAUCAGAAUCCUAUGCACCUUCAAAUAUUUGGAUUCUAGAUUCGGACAAUCUUGCAGAUAUUGAAGAUGCAGCUGAUUGGAAAUAUAAAAAUACAGAAGGACUGUGUGUUUGGAAUAUGUCAUCCAACCUAAAUUGUUAUAACGGCGGUUGCUGCAGCAGCAAGCCAGUGCUUGGAGUAAGGACUAGUGUCAGUUGGCAGCAGCAUUGCAGGUCUGCAGGGAUAACAUUCUGUGGCCAUUCACUCUGUUCCCCUGGAGGGAAACUAAGGACUAAACAGGCACUCCCAGGAUCCUCUGGACUGUGCAAAAAUGGAAAAAAGACCCCACAGUCAGAGAUUACAGACUUUUGCUCUGGAAGUGCAAAUUCGGAACAGACUGCACGAGGUUUGCAAUACCUCAGCCUUUCGGGAUGUCACCAGAUAACAGAUGUUGGAUUACGGUGGGUAUCCCAAAAGUACAGAAGUGUAAUAAUCCAUCUGAGAUAGAUAUAUAGAUACACAGACACAGGAUGUGUGUAUACUGUACAUAUUCACCCCUGCAAAUCUAAUACAUUAGUGCAUGACAACAAGACUCAGAGCAAAGCCGCAAAUAGACCAUAAUUAAAAGGGACAGUCCAGGAUGUAAGGUAAAUUGUAAAUUAUGCAUUAAAUUAAAAUAAAAUCUAUUUCAACACAAUAGCUAACAUUUUACUGUACUUUAACCCCUUAAGGACAUGUGACAUGUCACGAUUCCCUUUUUGUUCCAGAAGUUUGGCCCUCAAGGGGUUAAAGCUCAUUGAUUUGUGCAACUCCCUAUACAUUACAUCAUCAUAAACUUUGUCCUUUCCAUGAAGAAGCUUUGCUAGUCAGGAGCCUCUUCUUUUCUCUUGAGUCUGAACAAACACAGCACUUGUAAGGUUUAAUAAGUGCGUGGGGCUGACAAUAUUUCUGUGCACAACCUAAUUUCUGCUCAGAGCACUGACUUUGAUUUGUAGUGCAGUUAACUCAUUUUUUAUUUAGGUAAUCUGAAAUACAACUCCCAGAAAUCUUUGCUGGGUUUGCUGAUGAGGUUAGGAUUGAGGGACAGAAUGGGAGCAAUACACAUGCACAGUAACCAGCAAGAAUGUAUUUUAGAAAGAGAAUGAGGUCAGAAGACAUUGGUUGUUGUACAGAAAGGCGUAAAACAGUUAACUCUUUUGCAAGAACCAAGUAUAAAAUUGAGCUUAAACAGCUAAUUAUUUAGGAUGCAAUCUACAUAAUGCAUAAUGGUUUGGCUCUUUAGCUGUAACUACAUUUCUCAUAAUGAUGGAAAAACUAUUUUUAGAAGAAUCCUGGGUUUUUCACCCUCAAGUUGUUAUUGGAGAUACUUCGUAUCGGUAUUUCCUAAAGUGUUGCCUGUUGCUUAGGUGUCUUUUUACAAUUUAACAUAAGGCGGCUCUAUCACCUUCAUAUUUUACAAAGAUGCCCAAUGGUGACUGCUUUGCUGGGUGUCCAGUGGCCAUGGGGUGAAGGGAAAGGUUAGUUUUUCUUACCUGAACUUGUCCAUUAUGUCCACUGCCAUGGUCUUCCAUGGAGUCCAGCGCUGCGGUCUGUGGAGGUUAUCACGGGCUCCUUCCCUCCCCCAUCCUCUCUGCCAUUCCAAUCCCACCCUUGCUCCCCAACCCUUCCAUUUUUGUCACUGAUAAGAUUUUAAAUCUGUUAAGCUCGCCUUUACUGCAUCAUUACUGGCAACUUGUUAUCAAAGUGUUUCUUAGAAAAGCAGUGUGAUUCACUAACAGUGCUUCUCAUGAAGACAUAUUAAAACUACUGUUUCUUUAAGAGAAGCAUUCGCUUCCUCUUUUGAACUAUAGUUCAAAGCGAAUGAGGCAGGAACCCCACCCAGCUGCUUAACAGCCAAGAGGUGUUGCAAAGAAGAUUUAUAAAAAGAAGUCUGAACAUAUAUAAAGCAAGCUGUCAAGGAACAUGUGAUUAAGUGUUUUAGGGGACAGGCCUGUCCAUUUUUUUUUAAUUAUUAUUAUUUAUUUUUAUUUUUUUAAAGUCCACAGUUCAGAUCUGGGUUUUUUUUUUUUAUGUGGGGAUUUUUCAGUUUUUACACACUGGGUCCAAUCCACAGCAUUUUCUAGUAAUAUAUAAUAUUCUGUAUGAUAAACGGGGUCCAAGCCAACCAGUAUGUUUUACUACAAUGUGUGCACUUUAGGGGGUUGUACUUUAUGGAGACAAUAUAUAGGAUCCAUUUGAUUUUUCUCCUGUUGCAUACAAUAGUGAUUGUUUGUGAAGCAAUUGACAGGUGUUUUUUUUUUCUGUAUCUUAUGAUUAAAGGAUGUUAACGUUAUGGGGCGGAUUACCGUAUCUGGAACACCUAAAUCUCUCUGGGUGUCUAAUGGUGACUGGAUCUGGCCUGCAGGAUUUGGUUUCAGCAUGCCCUGCUCUUAACGAUGAGCACUUCUACUACUGUGACAACAUUAAUGGUAAUGUUUGCUUAGUUACAUUUUCUUGUUAUGUGAUAUAUAGGAAGAUGGUAGUGAGCAAUGAAAUAAUUGUUUCUUUUUGGGUUAUUUGCAUAUUGAAUGGAAUGAAGUGUAUGUAAAAGUGUUGCUUGCGUACCUUGCAAAAAUUAUAAUUCUCUUUUUGCCAACAUUCUUCAUCACUUUCUUCAGCAGUCUUGGCUCCCUUGCAGGAGGCUGUAUCUCUUUAAAACUCUUGUGAAACAUUUUUUAAUAGCAGUGAAUGGUGCAACACACACAAUGCACCUGUUGUGUGUGGCAUUUCAUUUACUUGUUCAUCUUACUUUUGUGCCGUUCUUGAGAAAUGGCAGUAUUUACAAUUGAAACUACGCCUCUAGUGAUUCUUUAUGAAAACCUUGCACAGCAUGAUGCCACUAAAUGCUAUUCUCUAUGAGAAUAUUUGUUUGGCAAUACUGGCAACUUGCUGUAGGUUCUCCAUGCUAUUUGUGUUUGUCAUCACCAUUGGUGGCCUCAGAAAAGGCAGAGCGUCUGCAGUGAGGCGAUCAUACCAGCGCUGAAUUGCAAGUUAGGUAUUUUUUAUUUCAGGACAAAAAUACAUAUCUAACUUUUGAAAAAAAAAUUAUAUAUAUUUAAAAUUAGAUUGUUUCUUCAAAGGGCACUUUUGAGUAUUUCAUAGAUAUUUUUUUUUUAUUUUUUUAUUUAUUUUUUAAUAUAUAAAACACUCAUAUUGCAUAGAAAGAACUUUUGGAAUGAAAGGGCAUCUUCUUGCACAUACCACUAAAAGUUCUGUAGAGGGAUCCAUAGGCCUUUGUUUUGUACUCGGGUACAUGCUUGAGUACAAUACUGAUGCAGUCUCCUGGAGGAUGAUGUGGCUCCUAUGAGAGCUUCAGGUUUGUCUCAUUUUAAGCUUCUUCCAUAGACAUCCCCCAGAAAUCAAUGCACAAUAUGGUUCUCAAAACUGAGGUAUAAGAAAAUGUAAUUAAAUUGAAUCCAUAAGGUGACACUAAUUUGUCUAGCACAAUGUAUACAUCACUUUGUUAUUUUCCUGUUUUAAAGGGACACUAUAGUCCACAGAACCACUACAUCUUAAUGUUGUGGUUCUGGUGCCUAUUGCCUGUCUCUGCAGGCUCAGCAAUGUAAAUGCUGCUUUUUCAUGGAAAAGGCAAUGUUUACAUUGCUGCCCAAUAACACCUCUAGUGGCAGUCACCCAGACCCAGACUGCACACAAUGUAGCGCCUACAUUCUCACCCCGUAGAGAUUAAUUCAUUCACUGCAUCUCUGUGUGAAUGGUGCAGCAUGGUGUUUUGCCGUGCAUGCGCAAUAGCCUCCCAAUGCUUUCCUAUAGGAAAGCAUUGGAUUGGCUGAGAUUGUUAAUAUUGAUUAUCUCUGCUGUGGAGGUGGGGCUAGUCACGUCGAGACCGGGUCGGCGAUAGAGAAAAGAUAAGUAAAUAUCACCUUUUCAUUGAGGGGGGCACGGCUAUGUAAACAUUGAUCAGGUAACUAUAGUGUUCCUUUUAAAAGUAAACAAGUAAGUGUAACAUUUGCGUAGUUGCAUCUGCAACAUUUUAUGUUUUCAUUUUAAUAUAAUAUUUUGGGAAUUUGAAAACCAUGUAAACUUUACAAAGAGGAGAUUGAUAAUUCUGUAAUUACACCAUCCAUCACCAGUUUCAGCCCAUGAUUAUUUUUAGAGGAAUAAAUCUUUUGUGUUUUUGUCUGACCUACCCCACCUGCUUUCAUAAUUGUAAUCGAAUAUGGAAUUUUUCAAAGUUUUGCAAGUGUCCCAAUAAAAGAUUAGCACAUAUGCCCACAGGUAGUUUUUGGUGAUGAUAACAUUUGAAUUUAAACAUUUGGUGCUUUUAUCUUUUUGGUUUAAUACACGAUCAGAAUUGCCUUUAGCCUUUCAGUAUGCAACCUGCUGAUACACUACAAAUCCCAUGAUACUUAAAGAAAAUAUACAUACUGGAAGGUGGGCUGUGAAUCAUGGUAAAUUGUUUACCUUUAUGCUAGACACUGGAGCAUACAAUUAUCAGAACUCCAGAUGGAUAAGUAGAGCAAUAAAUCUUUAGUCAGAGCAUACUGUGUUUUUGGCACAUGCUUAUGGGAAUUGCAGACUGAUGAGAACUGUUUUUCAAUACCCUACCACCUGUGCUGUCAAACAUCAUUGCACAAAUGUUUUGGCUUGGGAAUGGGCACAUUAAAAAUGAAUGGUACAAUUUUUCUGUCCCAUCAUAUCUUAUCUUCCCCCCCACCCUAUCAACCUCCAUAAUCACUUGUUUUCAAGGCCCCUCCUUAGUAUGUAAACUGCAAUGAAAAGAAAGCCUCCUUAGUAUUUAAACUGCAAUGAAAAGAAAGACUGGUUUAAUUGGAAGAUUGAUAGCACUCUUUCAAUAAACCUCUCUUCUCUUCUUUUCAUUGUUUAUAUUUUAAUUUACUUCUCUCCCUUUUGUUAUGCCAUCUUCCUUUCUGAUUAAAUAAUUUAUCAAUUUCCCUCCCUAUUUUCUAUUGUUUUGAUUCUCCUCAUUGCUGAAUGAUUGACAGAUGUAUAGUGGAGAAGGAUCAUGUUCAUAUAUGUAGAUGGCCAAUGACCCUCAUAAAUGACUGUGUGUGAGGCAUGCAGGUUGUUCUUGCAGCCUUUGAAGUACCCCUUUCAUUGUGUCUGUAGGUUGAGAGCUGGUAGCGGUCAUGAAGAUUUCCACCUUCUCUGCAGAGCUUUAAACUGCUAGUUCCCCUCUCAGUGGUUUCAUCCACACAGUGGUACGGAUAAUUAUACACUCCACAGUAAGGGAGGAAUGGAUUCCCCUCCAGGGAUUGGCACAGUGACUGUCUGAUUGGUGAGGGAAGAGGAGAAAAGAGAGCCCUAACAUUAGACUGUUGACUAUACAGAGUUGUCAUGAGCUUGUGCUAUGCAGACUGUUACAAUAAAGAAACAUAUCCUGUUUCUUUUCAAUCUGUUGCUAAUGCCCCAUGUUCAUGCUUGUCACCUUUAAUUAGCUGUCCCAGGACUCCAAAUAAGGGGAAUGAGGUGGCAAGAUUUGCUGAGGCAUUUCAGCUACUUGUUCACUUAAGAUGAUUUCACUGCAGGUGUAGGAAACGGAGGAACUUCAAAGGUGAGUAUGUAUGUUUAUUUUUUUCUUCGCCAUUAAACAUGAUCAAUGUAAUACUUCAAAUUAGAAGGGCCAUCAGCAAAGCGGAAAUAUUGGUGGUGUGAAACGACACAGCCAUCUAUUUAGAUCUCUAACCUAAUGGAUGCACAGUAACCUAUGUCCUGAAGACCAAAGGUUUAGUACUCAGCCAAGGAGUUCCUACACCCACUGCAGCUGUUCGAUUCCUCUGUGUAUUUACUUGGUUAGUUUAAAUGGAAUUCAUGUCCCUCACACAGUGAGCUGUUUUUAACAGCGUAAUGAAGUGUUUACUGCACAGCUCCAUUUCACUGCUCUUUCUAUUAUUUGCCUCCAGUUUAAUAAUUUUGUAUAACCUUUUCAUUUAUUUAUUUUCUCCAAAAUAUUAAAUCAUUUUAAAAGUUUGUCCAAAAAUAUUAACCAAUGCCAUUGUUCUGAAACAAUGUCAGUAGUAGUGUCUUAAAAGUGUGGCACAUGUUUCUUUAGUAGAAAAUGUAUGAUCAGUGAAGGAAAGAGGUUAAUGACUGUGCUCAGUCUAAGGAAUUUGCUAAAGCAAACAGUGUUUUUAUUAGAGGGAAUCUGACAAAAAUAUAUAUUCUUUAUUUUAAAUAGAUUAUUGACAUCUUUGUGUCCCCCCUUUCUAUGGUUAAAAGUUUAAUCCAAUACCUUUUUUUCCAGCGCCGAAUCUCAUCCACCCACUCCACCUCCUGUUUUGUCUAGUCUCCUCUUCAACUUCUCGUCCUAUUCAAUGCUUCUCAUAUUGAAGCAUUGUGGACAAGACAGCACUCUGCAAGUCAAAUGCUUCUUGUAGGGAGGCAUCAGAGGACAUUUAAUGUCCUUAGGCAAUGCCUGAGAACGUGGAACAUCAAAAACACUCUGGAAGCACCAUCUAUUUGCUGUCCGUGUAACAGCGGCCAGAGGUUUGUUUAACCCCGCAAUGUAAGCAUUGCCAUGUCUCUAAAAUGGCAUCGUUAUACAUUGUGGAACCAAAAAACGAGGCUCUGUACACAGACAAUUUCAUUGAGAUUUAAUUUUUCAUUUACACUGGUGAUAAGCAAAAAUAAAAUCAUCCACAGUGAAUCCUAUCUCUGAAUCCCGAUUUAAGGGACAAUAUAGGCACUGCCAGGGGACUCCAGUUACUAUAACCAAUUCAAAGAGAUGAAAUAGUUAUAGUGACUAUAGUGUCACUUUAAAUGUUUACGUCUACUACUCUUUUAAAAUGUAUUUUGCCCAGUUAUUAAUGUUAAACAUAUAGCAUGGAUUUGGCUAGUAACAGGAACAUGUACACAAUAUUAGGGAUGUUAUCUGUUAAAUGUAAAUUGCUGAUUUUGGUUUUCACCUGAGUUCUGUUCUUGUGUAGGUCCUCAUGCUGACACCGCCAGCGGAUGCCAGAACCUGCAGUGCGGUUUUCGGGCCUGCUGCCGAUCUGGUGAAUGAUCCUGUUGUUUUUCAAACUUUCCUCACGCAUCUGAGCAGCCAUUCUUUCAUGCACUUUACCUUUUUAUCUCUCAUGACGUGUUAAGUCUGUUUUGGAGCCCCUUUUGGAGUCUUUCCUUAUGAGCAGCAUACAUUGUUAAUAGAGCAAACUGUCAAAAGUAGUAACAGUUUUCGCUUAAUAAAAACUUCAUUGUCUGAACGGUUUUGUCUGUCUGCGUUUGUAUUGACCUACUCUACUGCACCAUUUCAACCUUCCUAUCAUGUUAUAUCUGGUAAAAGGAGUUGAGAAUAAUUGAGUUUAGAUAAAAUACUUUUUUAGAAGAUACGUCAUGUCUUUUCUGGGAUCACCUUUAAAACAUUGGGAUUGAUAGAACAGCAGGGUUAUUC